GCGCGCUUCGUGCAUGAGCCGCACAUCCACAAGGUCGAUCCUGCUCAGGCCCUUCCUGUCCUGCGGCUCGUGGGUGAGGAUGGCCAGCUACAGGUUGACAGCCUUCCCUGCAGUCUGGACCAAUAUCUGGAUAUGUACAAAUGCAUGCUGAAAGUCUCUGUGGUGGAUCAGGUCAUGAACUCCCUGCAGCGACAGGGCAGGAUCUCCUUCUACAUGACCGGCCUCGGGGAGGAAGCAGCGCAGGUGGGGCCUGCUGCGGCGCUGCACAAGGACGAUGUGAUCUGGGCCCAAUACAGGGAGCUCGGCACCUUCAUGUAUCGCGGCUUCUCUAUUCAGCAGAUGGUGUCCCAGUGUUUCAGUCGUUUCGACGAGCCAGGGAGGGGCCGGCAAAUGCCGGUCCACUACUGUGAUGCGAGCAUUGGCAUGCAGGCCAUCACCUCGCCUUUGGGAACGCAGAUUCCUCAG